AUGACAAACAACAAUUUAAAUAAAGAAGUUAAUCGUUUAGAAAAACAAGCAGUAUUAGUAUAUGAUAAUACAAAAGAAGCAACAAUCAAUGCAUACAAUGUCACAACAAACGCAAUGAGUGAUGGUAUGAAAUAUGUUAGUGAUUCAUUAUCAUCAGCAGUCGAAGUAACAAAAGAUGCAACUAUCAAUAUGUAUAAUGCAACAACUAAUGCAGUGAGUGAUGGUUAUACAUCUUUAAAAUCAAAAACAAGUGAAUUAAUCAGCGAUACUCAAAAUGAAAAUGAAAAUUUAAAAGAUGGUGCUUCAAAGAAAAUCGAAGAAUUAAAAGAUAAAUCAAGUGAAGUAAAAGAUAUUUUAAAGGAAAAAGGUGAAGAACUAGUUGAAGAUGCUAAAGAUGCUGCUCAUAAUGCUUCAAAUAAAUUGAAUAAUGCUAAAGAUCAAGUUUCUGAUAAAAUGGAUAAUGUAAAAAAUGAUAUAGAGAAAAAAGGUGACGAUGCUAAAGAUGCUAAAGAUGCUGCCAAUAAUGUUUCAAAUAAAAUGAAUAAUGUUAAAGAUCAAGUUUCUGAUAAAAUGGAUAAUAUUAAAGACGAUAUAAAGAAAAAAGGUAAAGAAUUAGUUGACGAUGCUAAAGAUGCUGCCAAUAAUGCUUCAAAUAAAUUGAAUAACGCUAAAGAUCAAGUUUCAGAUAAAAUGGAACAUGUAAAACAUGAUAUAUCAAACAAAUACAAUGAAACAAAAACAGAAGCUGCUCCUAAACUAAAUCAAGCUGCAAAUAAAAUCGACCAACAAUAA